AUGGGUUCCGUCGUCCUCCCGCAUCUCAACACCGGCUGGCACGUCGACCAGGCCAUCCUGUCCGAAGAGGACCGCCUGGUCGUCAUCCGCUUCGGUCGCGACUGGGACCCAGACUGCAUGCGCCAGGACGAAGUCCUCUACAAGAUCGCCGACAAGGUCCGCAACUACGCCGUCGUUUACCUCUGCGACAUCGACCAGGUUCCCGACUUCAACCAGAUGUACGAACUCUACGAUCCUUGUUCUCUCAUGUUCUUCUUCCGCAACAAGCACAUGAUGAUCGAUCUGGGUACUGGUGACAACAACAAAAUCAAGUGGGUGUUGGAGGAUAAGCAGGAGCUUAUCGAUAUCUUCGAGACCGUCUAUAGGGGAGCAAAGAAGGGACGUGGUCUCGUCGUGAGCCCGAAGGAUUACUCUACCCGACAUCGUUACUAG